AUGAUUCACGUCUCCUCGUUGGAAUCCUUCCGCGCGUUACAGCAAAGGGUUUCCUCGGAUUCUUUCAAAGGUCUGGUGGUGCACUUCGCGGCGAAGUGGUGCGAGCCGUGCGGGGCGGUGCGGACCGCCCUUGAGGCCGCCGCCGAGGCCUACCGCGAGGUCCUUCUCUUCGCCGAGGUCGACGCCGAGGUGGAGGGGGAAAUUUGCGAGCUGGUGGGCGUCGACGCCGUGCCUUUUGUGGUUUUUUACCGCACCACGGACGCGUCGUCGGGAUCGGAAAACGGCCUCGAGAAGGUCGCCGCGGUCGCCGGCGCGAAGCUCGAUCUCAUCGAGCGUAAUCUCCUCUCCCUGUACGGCGAAAACGGUGGGCGGGGAAGCCAACGGGGGGAUUUCGAUACCCUUGAUGGGUAUCUUGAUUACCUGACGAAACGCCCAGGGGUGGUGGCGUUUAUCACCGGAACCCCUUCGCAUCCACGGUGCGGGUUCACCGGAAGGCUUUGCGGGCUUUUACAGACGUUGAAGGUGCCUUUUGUGUAUUACGACGUCAUGGCGAGCGAUGAGGUUUGUGAGGGGUUGAAGCGUUACAGCAACUGGCCGACGUUUCCGCAGGUUUACGUGAACGGAGUGUUGAUCGGCGGCUACGACGUGUGUAAGCAGCUCCAUGAGGAGGGGGAGCUCAAGUCGACGUUGAUGCCGGAAUAA